AUGGCGAAGGGAUUGCCUCCUCGUCCCCCGGAAACCCCACGCCCUCUUCGAGCCCGAGCCUUUUCUCUCUCUUUCUCGCACUACACAACCAGAGCAGCGAGAGCGUCUUUGAUCUUGCUCGCGAGCUCCGGCGCGGCGAUCGUCUCUCUUCGCUGCCGACCCCCGAGCCCGCCGGCGGCGGCCCGGAUCCGGAGAUUCUGCCCCGGGAGUAGAAGAGCGCUCGGGAGCUUCUCGGUCGCGUUCAUGGCUUCUCUCGAGAGCUCUGGGCCGGAAGUGGUCACCAUCGACGUUCUCGCGGCCAGGGAUCUGGUCAGCUCCGGCCACCGUUUCCUGGACGUGAGGACCGAAGAAGAGUUCAAGGAGCGUCACCCCGAGGCGGAGGACGUCUUGAACAUUCCCUACCUCUUCGUUACCCCGGAAGGUAGAGUGAAUAAUCCUCAGUUCAUGGAGCAAGUUUCAUCGGCCUAUGGAUUGGAAGAUCGCAUUGUGGUCGAGGAUCUUCUCGUCCGAUCGUCUCUCGCGCUCGCUCAGAGAGAAAGAGAACUGACUGGCUAA